AGACCAACACAAGUAGAAGUCACUUUAAGGGUCAAGACUUAGCACUAAAGCCUAGAGACCAAAAAGACUAAAACAAUGAUGGAGUCAUUCAAGUGUGAUGUUUGAGUCAGAGUCUUUUCUAAGCUUACAAAGUUUCAAGGCAGAAGACAUGCACAGCUUCUGAUUCCUCUCCAAUUCAUUCAACUUCCCGUCUCUCUUCUUUGAACCUUUUGUUCUUCCUUGCUUUCUUUUUUCAUUUAUCUUUACUUUUUUUUUCCUUCCCUUGUAAUUUUAUGACAUGCCAGUGAAUAUGUAAAAGGGUAGCAAUUGGAGCUUAAGAUGAUAGAACUCAUCGUUGAUGCUUUAUUUCUUUUUUAGCAAGGAUUUUAUUUUUUGAGCAUGUAUAUUGUGGAAAGUGGGAAUUAAACAUUUAUAGAAAGCUUUUCACCAUUAAACCUCAAAGAGGAACGAUUUGCAUGUAUUCUAUUGUGUUGAUUCAAAUUGUCUUUUCACUCUUUUGUCUCAAGAAAAAUUUAGGCAGAUCCAGGUUUCUCAUAUCUAUUUAUCUUUUUUCCUUUUUUGAAGGUAAGUGGAUUAUUGUUCUAAGAGGUAGGCCUUGAGCCAGAGUGGAAAACAAUGAAUUGCUUAUGUGAGAAAGACUAUGGUCUAUUUUCUUCUCAUUCAACAUCCCCCUAUGUUUUUGGAUAACAAUCAUGGGCGAAUUCUGAAUUUGAAGACCAACGAUCAUCUAUGUCCAGAAGUUUGAGUUUGAAAGUGGAUGUUCUUCCAUAACAAUGCCACAAGAGCAAGACAUUUAGUUUUCAAUUCCAAGAACACGAUGCAUCUUCAACUAAAUCCACUGAACAAUCUUAUCCUGAAGUUGGUACGACACAAUCCGGUCAAAUUUCUGUCCAGCAUAGUUCUACUGAUUCAAUACUUAUUAGAACUGGGGGAAAGAGUAUGGGAUGUGCCAUCAGGUCAUUUAUGGGGAGUCAGGAUUUCACUUUCCCUCCUCUACUACUGGAUCACAGACAAAUACUUCCAGCUUCUCCCCUGUUUGCAGGUUACCCUUCCCUUGUUUGGAGUUUUAAUAUGGCAAGUUCGUCAUCAUCUAAUCAUUAUGACGUGGCAUCUGGACCAUUAGAGGAUGAUUUACUGUGGAUGCAAAAAAACCAUAUAUCACAACAUAUUUGGAAUGGUGCUAAUCAAAGGACGUUAAAAAUUCGACGAGCUACACCACUGUAUAAUCAUAGAGAAGCACCGCCCGAGGAAAUUAUUCCUUUAUUACAAGUUUCGGGUUUGUACCCGAUAAUGAAAUUGGCGCAAUUGAAGAUAAAUGGAGCAUUAGUUAAUGCUUUUAUUGAAAGGUGGAGGCCAGAAACACAUACAUUUCAUUUGAAGUGUGGCGAGGCAACUAUUACACUUCAAGAUGUUUCUGUGCUACUUGGUAUUUCUGUUGAUGGAAGACCUUUAACCGGCAAUACAAAUAUUGAUUGGUUUGAGUUGUGCCAUGAAUUAUUGGGUGUCAUGCCUGACGAUGAUGCAGUUGACGGGAACUCACUUUUAUUGAGUUGGCUGACUUCUCAAUUUGCAAAUAUUAAUGAUUUCAUAGGCAACCAACAAGGGCUUGAAAGAUUUGCUCGAGCUUGGAUCUUAAGAUUCAUAGGAGGCGUGAUGUUUGUUGAUAAAAGCAGCAAAAGGGUGCCAAUGAGAUAUUUGCAAUUUUUGAGAGACCUUAGAGAGUGCAGCACUUAUGCAUGGGGAGCUGCUCUUCUGGGUAACCUUUAUAGAGAGAUGUGCAUCGCAACAGACUAUCAUGCUAAAUCAAUAGGCGGUUUCACUCUCUUGAUUCAGUUAUGGGCAUGGGAACGAUGCCCAACGUUAGCCCCGUCAGUUAUUCCUCCACAACAACAAAACGCGCCACUUGCUUACAGAUGGUUAGGAGGUGAAUUGCAUCACAUAGGCAAUGACAAUUUACUUGAGUUUCGUCGUAAAUUAGAUGUCAUGAAACGCGACGAGUUUGUUUGGGUCCCUUAUGCUGGACAUGUGGAAAUGAAUUUGAGUCAAGUUUGUUUUAUUGGGUCUGUAUUAUGGACAUGUAUCGUACCACUUAUUUGUUUUCAAAAAGUGGAAUGGCACCAGCCGGAUAGAGUCAUGCGACAGUUUGGAAUGCAACAACCUAUUCCGGGCCCAGUAAUGCAACCCGAAAACAUACAUGACUUGACCUUAAAGGGAAAAGAAGGAAGAAAUUGGAUGCGACUAAUGCAACCCGCGCUUAAUGAAUGGAAUAGUCGCUAUGAAAGGAGAGUAGAACAAACGCCGCCACAAACAGGGACCCUUAGUCUGAACUCUGAAUAUAUGAGGUGGUACAGGCGUAAGACAAAAGUUUAUGUCGACCCAAAACAUGCAAGAAGAGGACUAUUGGGUGAAAUCGUGGAAACACUACAUUUUAUGGUGUCGCCUGUUGGGAGAAGGGUUUGUACUUUUGAUGAUUUACUGCCAUGUAUCGAGAAGAUCACUCUUAUAUCUGAAGAAGAGGAUAGGAUACUUGAGGCACAUCAAGAUGCUCCCCCUUCUCAGCCACAAUUUGAACAUCAACAGUUUAAUAUACUACAGCGAAGUGUGGAGACUCGAGGCUUAGGGCGACGUCGGCAAACUGUGGAUGCAGCACCGUACAGUUUGCCUCCGAUGCCAGAACGAGAACAUGGAAUGUAUUACACACCGCCGGUAUUCACCCAAGAACCAUCGCAGAUGGCGCCGAUGUAUUCAUACCCACAUGAUUUCCAACCAGGGUACAGUAUGACAGGCAUAUUUGGAUCCUCUCCUCCUUCAGGGGGGACUCCUUCAUUCACCCAAAAUAAUGAACUACCGACCCCAAAUGCUCCACUUGGUGGUCCGUGGAAUGUACCUGGAAAUAUACCCGACAUGAAUGACUUAUUGGGGGUCGAUUUACGUCAUGAUUUCUCUGCCGAGGCUGACGAAGUGGAUGAAAGGGGGAAUCUUAGAAGAAGAAACCCUGAUAGGGCAGCUAGGAAUUGGGAUCGGCCAUGUGGGACAUCGUCGCGGCAUCACAGACAUAGUCAUGAUUGAUUAAUAAUGGGUUUACAUUGUAUUGUUUUUUUCCAUGUACUUUGUAUUGUUUUUUUUUCUUCAUGUUUUAACAAUGUCAUGUACUUUCAAAUAUUGUUUUCAUGUUAAUUUUAUAUUAUUGUUACU